AUGAAUUCUUCUGAAGAAAUAAAACCCAACUCUUCAGAGGCCAACGGAGGUAUAAAUAAGGAGACUAAGCGGACUGAAUGGGUAAAAUUUGAUGAUGAUAACAUUGCACCAGAACAUGGGUCUUCUAAUAAUACAGAAGCUCCAGUUACUCAGGAUACUGUCGAACCUGGAACAUCAGUAAACAUUCAAUUACCUGCUGUGUUAACAACUGAAUCUAUUCAUGUAAAUUUAGAACGCAAUGACAAACAUGACUCCCAAUCAUCUGUAAUGAAAAAUGUCGAAAUUAAUAUGCGUUCAGGAUUUACAAAUGGUGAUAUAAUUGUGACAUUAUUGCCUGUUAAUACCAAGCUACCUUGGAUUACUGCUGCCCAAUUUAGACCAGAAUUGGUUCCUGAAGAAUUAAUGGCUCAAGGCUUAACGUUAACCGUAGAAGAAUAUGUCCACGCCAUGGAGCUGCUAGUGAAUGAUGCUCGAUUUACUCUAUAUAACAUCUGCUACAAACGAGUUCUUGUGUGCUGGAUAACAUUGGCAUUUGUGGUGCUUCUCUCCUUGUUAUUCUCUGGAUUAACAGGGUUAACACUGUUCACUCUUGGUGUUGUGUGGUUAAUUUUAAAUGCCUUGGCCAUUUUUGUAUGUAUGUGGAUAAAAUUGAGAUUACAAAAGGGACUGGAGCAGUGUUUAGCCAGUGUGAAUAAACUACUGGUAAAGCAUAAGCUUCUUCUAGCACUUGAUGAUCGAGGCAAGUUGUCUUGCCACAAAGUACAUUUAUGCUUCCUGUACUUUGAUUCUGCACCGUGUAUUGCACACAUACAACAAUUUAUCGAAAGUGAAGAGGGAAAAACUAUUAUGCAAGGAUGGGAGAAGAAGUUGGAUGUUCAAGCAAAUGACAUUGUCAUUCGAGGGAGCCAAACAACGAGAUUGUCUAGAAAACAGGACAUGGGCGAGCAAGUGUACCUUCGUUAUCUUCAACGCUGGGGAAAGGACUUCUUGAGACGAAGGCUCGAUUGGACCCUAGAUGAAGAAGGUGGAAAUCCAGCAGCGCCACGACAUUUGUCGCAUGCGCUCUGCCCUUGCGGCGCGGUCUGGAUUGACCGAACCGUUUUGAUCCUUUGGAGAGAGGUGCUCUUCUGUAUUUACGGUACGUGGGCAGAUGGGGUGCUUAUGUGUUAA